UCAUCCUACGUCCAUGCAUAUAAGUCAUUGAAAAUGGCUGCGCUACAGGGUAGCAAUCUGUCAAAAGUACUAUUUAGGAAAAAUACACCACUUAUUAGCUUUAUUAGAAACUAUGAAAAACUUAUUACAUCGUCUGAUUACGAGCUUUCAGUAGUUCACUUAUCUCCUUCUGGACGGAAAUAUUUACCAGGCCCCUAUCCAAAAACAGAAGAGGAAUGGAUUGCAGCUGCAGAAAAGUAUAAUAUGCAUAUUGAUGAAUAUAAAGCUUAUGGUCCAGACAAAUCAGGUCUUGUAGACUAUCCAAACUUACCACUGAUAAGCGCAGAAGCUAAAGAUCCUUAUUAUCCUUGGGAUUAUCCUGGACCAAGAAUAUGUUAUGGAGAAACUUUACCUGUACAUUUCCAUUUGCUGCAAGGAGAUCGGUGUGACUAUGGUGUUCGCAAAACCAUCAGUGAUCUGAAGGGUGCUGCUAUUUAUAUUGGUUUCACAUUAACUUACAUUGUGAUCGAUUACUUUUCACCUAAAUGCAGUCAACAUAGAACAGCAAAACAAUAUCCAGGAAAAGGAGUGCAUUAUACUUUUGAACUAAAAUAAUUUUAUGAAUAUUAUAUCAUAUAUAUAUAGAAUGCUACAUGUAUACAUAUAUAUAUAUAUAUA